UCUCAUUCUGCUCUACUAAUUUCUAAUUCACGGUAUCGAUUAUCCCGAUUGUAACCCUUUCUUUUUCCCUUUUCUUUGUUUACAUCUCUACCCCAGUCCUUUAUCCGAAAGCUUCCCCACAUUCUCCAAGAUCUUUCGUCAUUGACGCCUCCAACCCCUGCCAAUUAUUACCUCUCCGGUCUUUGGAUGUAAGUCGUAAUUCGGGUGCGGAAGUUGCCUUCAUCAAUUACCGGCUGUACGGUAUUCGGGGAAAGGGCCGAUUCUUCUUUUUGGAUCGUUUGUUGACCCCUCAUUACCUUCUUGGUAGUCAGUUGUAGUUGAGAUAAAAAUGAAUGUUUCGUCUUUAUGGUGUGCCGUUCAUUUAGAUGAUUACAUGUACCUUCCAGUUCUGACAACUCAUAUGGUGUUGUCUAAUAUGUACACCAUGUUGUCGACUUCGUUGUAUGUUCUGGCCGGCUUGGCUGCUUGGAAUAAUGGCGUUGGUGUCACUGCACAGUCCAUCAUUACAGAUGACACAACAUUCUAUGGCCAAUCACCGCCAGUAUAUCCUUCCCCUAAUGGAACUGGUACUGGUAAUUGGGCCGAUGCAUACUCUAAAGCACGGGCUCUUGUAGCUCAAUUGACGUUAGAAGAGAAGGUUAACCUUACCGGUGGUAUUCAAGCAGAUAGCUCUUGUUCUGGCAUUAUUCCUCCUAUUGAAAGGCUCAACUUCACUGGUCUUUGUCUCAGUGAUGCCGGUAAUGGAGUUCGUACUACCAAUUUUGCAUCGAGUUGGGCUUCGGGUAUCUCAGUUGGUGCAAGUUGGAACCGCGAGUUGGCACACAGCAGAGCGGUUGGCAUGGCCGGAGAAUUCCGAGCAAAGGGGGUUCACAUUGCCUUAGGACCUGUUGUAGGCCCUCUAGGCCGUAUUGCAACCAGUGGAAGAAAUUGGGAGGGCUUUUCGAAUGACCCCUAUUUAUGUGGCGCUUUAGCGUCUGACACUGUAAAAGGCAUACAAUCCGUGGGAGUCGCAACAAGCACCAAGCACUUCAUCGCCAAUGAACAAGAAACAAACCGAAAUCCCGAGGACAAUGUUACUGCAGUGUCGUCCAACAUUGACGACAAGACAAUUCAUGAAUUAUACCUCUGGCCAUUUCAAGAUGCAGUGAAAGCCGGGACAGCGAAUAUAAUGUGUUCUUAUAACAGAAUCAACAACAGCUACGGUUGCUCUAACAGUAAGACGCAAAACGGGCUUUUGAAGACUGAACUCGGGUUUCAGGGCUUCGUUGUGUCCGAUUGGGGCGCCCAGCAUGCAGGCGUUGCGACAGCAUUAGCGGGUUUAGAUAUGGUUAUGCCAUCCGCUUCCCCGUAUUGGUCAAGUAACCUAACUGAGGCUGUCAACAACGGAUCAGUGCCUGAAUCUAGAAUUGAUGAUAUGGCAACAAGAAUCAUAGCUUCAUGGUAUAAACUUGGCCAGGAUGAAGGCUUCCCCGCCAUAGGACAAGGAAUGCCCUAUGAUCUCUCCCAACCCCACCAACGGGUCAUCGCCAAGUCUCCAAGCAAUAAGCAAAUCUUAUUACAGGGGGCAGUUGAAAGCCAUGUGCUACUAAAAAAUACUAACAAUGCACUUCCCCUGAAGUCACCUAAGCUGCUAUCCCUAUUCGGAUAUUCUGCGAAGUCAUUCGAUGAGUAUACCCCAUGGUCUGGCGGCUGGAACGGAGGACAAGAAUCUCUAGCACCCGCCGAUUUAAUCCCAAAUGGCGAUGAUGUGAUCCACACCCAGAUUGCUGCAAACGGCACGUUGAUCAGCGGCGGUGGAUCAGGAGCAAACAUGCCGGCAUACGUCAGUUCACCCGCUCAAGCAUUGAGCCAACGCGCAUAUGAAGAUGACACAAGCCUGUGGUGGGACUUCCACAGCGGCAAUCCUAAAGUCGACCAGUCCUCCGAUGCAUGUAUCGUCGUAGGCAAUGCGUUCGCAUCAGAAGGAUGGGAUAGAGUGGGGCUACACGACGAUUUCACUGAUGCUCUCAUCACCAAUGUCGCGUCCCAGUGCAACAACACUAUUGUGGUCUUCCACAACGCAGGCGUACGACUUGUAGACCAAUUCAUCGAUCAUCCUAACGUAACAGCACUUAUCUUCGCCCAUCUUCCGGGACAAGACUCCGGCCGCGCCCUAACGUCGAUUUUAUAUGGUGACGAGAAUCCAUCGGGCAAAUUGCCAUAUUCAGUGCCCCGCAAUGAAUCGGACUAUGGCCCGCUUCAGAAUGAGACACAUCCUGACGGUAUUUAUGAGUUAUUCCCACAAUCGGACUUUACUGAAGGCAUUUAUAUCGACUACAGAGCCUUUGACGCUAAGAACAUAACUCCUCGCUAUGAAUUCGGUUUUGGUCUAAGUUACACGACAUUUGAUUACUCAGGCCUAGAGGCCUCGGCGGUUGAGGGGACCGAUACUUCCUCGUAUCCAUCAAAGCCGAUUGUCGAGGGUGGUCAUGAAGACCUCUGGGACGUUCUAGCAAAAGUCUCUGCGACGGUCACAAAUUCAGGUUCAGUUGAAGGUGCAGAGGUAGCACAAUUAUACGUGGGAAUUCCGAAUGGGCCCGUAAAACAACUUCGUGGGUUUUCAAAGCCAGUGCUCCAACCUGGAGAGUCGGCGGCCGUUGAUUUUGAGCUCACUAGACGGGAUCUAAGCACAUGGGAUGUAGUUGCGCAAAAUUGGCUUCUGCAGAAGGGAGAAUAUGCGAUCUACGUUGGAUCAAGUAGUCGGGAUUUACCGUUAACGGGGACGUUGACGAUUUAAUGUUGUUAAUUCGUAAUCUGGGGAAACCAGGUAAUAAUCCGCGCUAUUUUAUCCCUAUGUAGCUUCAAUUACGCUGUAAGAGGGGGCGCUAUAGUUGCCGCUAUUAUUUUGAUCCGGGGGCUGCGGGACCCUUGUGACAAAACCUAGCACGCUAAUCCAGGUAGAUAGAAAUGAAAAUAGCCAUUAAACGCACUAAAAC